AUGAUUCCUCAAAUUCUCAUUGGGCUGGCUGCUCUGGCGGUGCUGCCCGCGUCGGCGAAUCCUGCUAUCUCCCGCCGAGGGACUGUCGCUUCUGAUGAGAUUGUCGGGCUCUCGCAAACAGUGCCGAGCGGUGCUACCGGCGAUCUGUAUCUGGCGUACCAGCCCGAUCUAUACGUGGUGAAUGGCUGUGUGCCCUUCCCAGGAGUGGACGCGGAUGGCAAUACCAACGCCGGUCUUAAUCCAACUGGAGACUCAUCUGGUGAUUGUAGCAGCAGCACAGGACAGAUCUAUGUGAGAAGCGGCACCUCGGGCGAUUACUACGCUUUGAUGUAUUCGUGGUACUUCCCUAAGGAUGAACCUUCAACUGGCAUCGGACAUCGUCACGAUUGGGAGGGUGUGAUUGUCUGGCUCUCUGACUCCUCCAGCACAGCUGCCUCGAACGUGGUGGCAGUCUGUCCCUCAGCACACGGUGGCUGGGACUGCAGCACAGAUGGAUUUACUCUUGACGGCACUGUGCCUCUGAUCAAGUACGAAUCCAUAUGGCCAAUUGAUCACUCCUGUGGUCUCACAACAACCGUGGGUGGAACCCAACCACUAGUUGCCUGGGAAUCAUUGUCCAGCGUCGUCCAAGAUGCCUUGGAUACCACUGAUUUUGGAAGCGCGAAUGUACCUUUCAAUGAAAACAACUGGGCAUCCAAUCUUGCGAAGGCAACAUUCUGA